GAGUCAUGUGACUUGAGGUCCACCAAUCAGAUCAUGGGAUUGCUGUGCAGCUCCCCUACCGCGGGAGCUGUGACCUCGGAUACCUCAGACAUGCGACUGACAGGCCGUUCCCACGUAGAUCACCAAUGCGAGAGCGUCAGACAACUGAACUCUCAACUACCUGACUAAAACCACGUUGAGAGAACUACCACCACUACUAGAGAGAAACACAGACAGAAAAAAGUGUCCAUCGUCAAAGGCUGAAGUCUGUGAGGCGGCGGCGAGGCCAGUUCUUUUCCCUCCCGAGUGGGACACAUGGCUUCAAACAGCAUCUUCGACACAUUCUCCAGCUACUCGCCCAGUUUACUGCGAGACCCGAGCACGAGCAGACGGUUCACGCCGCCCUCCGCCUCGUUCCCGUGCGCUAAAGUGACCGAGAGCCCGAGCAUGAACGCGCCGGGUCCGCUGCGGGCCAGCCGGCCUCUGGAGAGCCGCUCCGUGGUGGACGUGCUGGCGGAUCACGCCGGAGAGCUGGUGCGCACCGACAGCCCCAACUUUCUCUGCUCGGUGCUGCCGUCACACUGGAGGUGCAACAAAACCCUGCCGGUGGCUUUCAAGGUGGUGGCUCUCGGUGACGUUCCUGACGGGACUCUGGUCACGGUGAUGGCGGGAAAUGAUGAGAAUUAUUCCGCGGAGCUGAGGAACGCGUCCGCCGUCAUGAAGAACCAGGUGGCGCGAUUCAACGACCUGCGUUUUGUGGGCAGGAGCGGCAGAGGAAAGAGCUUCACUUUGACCAUCACUGUGUUCACUGGACCACCCCAGGUCGCCACAUACCACCGCGCUAUUAAAGUCACCGUGGACGGACCUCGAGAACCAAGACGCGUUCGAUUUCAGCACAUUCCAGCUGCAUACAGCCAGCAGACAGCAGGACACCUCCAUCAGAUGCAUGCUUGCUCAGAGACACAAGGUCACCGCAUGAAGCCGGACGACCCUCAUAAGCAGUUCUCCGACCGCCUGAGUGACAUCGAGCGUUUCCAGAGGGCCAGUAUGAGGAUAAACCCUGGCAACGGGACCACCCGCUCCCACCAGACCCAUUACAACCCCUCCAACUCCACACCGAUACCAGCAUUAUGGCAAGAUCAGAUGGACCCCCCUGCACUGAAGACUUGCAAAGUGGAAGACGACUUACGCUGGUCAAGUACGGAUCUGUUCCCUCAGAGGACGUCCUUCCCAUCUCUGUCUCCAUUAACGGCUCCUCGGUUCUCAGAUUCACACAUGCAUUAUCCGGGUCCCUUCACUUACUCUGCCAACCCGUCCAGCACUGGAAUCGGCGGUCUCAGCGUGGCCGGGAUGCCCACCUCCAGCCGCUACCACACCUACCUGCCACCUCCAUACCCCGGCAACCAGAACCAGAACUCCCACUUCCAGACCAACUCCUCGCCGUACCACCUGUACUACGGCACCGGAUCUGGCUCCUACCAGUUCUCCAUGGUUCCGACCGGCGGUACCGGAUCGGGAGGCGACCGGUCGCCCACCCGUAUGCUGACGUCCUGCACCGCGGCGGGUGGAGCCGGAGGCACUGGGGGCGGAAGCAACAGCCUGCUCAGCGCCAGCCUCGGCAACCAGAGCGAUGGUGUGGAUGCUGACGGCAGCCACAGCAACUCGCCCACAGCCAUGAGUGCGUCCACACGCAUAGACGAGUCCGUCUGGAGGCCUUACUGAGAAAGACUGAGAGAAGAAGUCGAAGUUUAGAGUAGAGGUGAAAAGUCUUGCAUGUUUGAUCGUUUUGUUUCUUCAUCCUCCUAUGACAUGUCAAUUGCUUCUUAGACCACCAAAGUGAACCGAUGACCAGAAAUGAGUCUGGACGCUCCAUACGGGACAGAAAUGGACCUCCGCUGAUCAAAACUAAAGGAGGACAGAAGUCUCAGAAUGAUGAUGUAUAUAGAAAGAUUAUAAUUAAGAAAAGGCAUCCCAUAGUAAUAUAUCAGCAACUUUUCUUACUAAAAAAGCUGAAAAACCAAAGAAAAGACAUUCUGAUGAGCCUGUAUCUGAAAAAAAAGCCAGUUUAUCCAGCCUUACAAACCAAUCUGCCUGAACGCUGUAAUUCCCAGAGUGCUUUGCGACCACGAAACGUGUCGUGCAGACAGUAUGAAAGAGCUUCACAGAGCUGCAGGACUGUGGGACUUUUAAUGUGUAAAUAUGAGGAUAAACAAAGAUGCUAGCCAUGAGUUUCAGGUACUUUCCAAACUUGCUAAAAUAGUCUUGAAAUGGUGAGAUGUGAUCCUAUAAAUACAAGUGUGGAGCUUUGUGAGAUGUUAUGUCAGUGGGUUUUUCAUAGAAACGGAUUUAGGGUGAAUAUCACAAAACCUGUCAGGAACAUAUUCAGGUCAUGUUUAAUGAGAAAUUAUAUUUUGCAUGACUACAAUGAUGCUCAUUUUUAUUUUUUUUUAGAACCAUUCAUUAUUGCAUUUGCAUUGUGACAUUGUUUGAAGCACAUUUGACCCUUACGUUCUUAUUAUUGAAAUGCAAAAAAAAAAAAAAAAAAAAAAAAGAUAUAUUAUUUCAUUUGCAAAGCAUCUGAAUUUACAUCAACUUAGGCAUCGUUUUCAUUAUGCAAAAAUAUUUUUUGCUUUGAUUUUAGGGUGAAAUAUGAUCUAGAUGUGCUUUGGUGAGAUUCACCCUUCAGUUGCAGGUUCUCGAUUUGUAGAAACGUAAAACAGUGUCACAAACAGACAGGUUUUUGAUUUAUUUUUAUUUUUUCUUGCUUCAUACCAAAAUCACAAACAAUUUAUUCAUCUUUGAACUUGUGGAGACUUUUUUUUUAUAGCUUUAAGAGUAUUUUUUUUUUCUCAGUGUUGAUUGCUUUUUAAGACUUUCUUCAGACUAUUGAUUUGAGCUCAGUUUUAAUGUUUUUUUUUUGAGCCAAAGAGUUUCUAUUUUGUUCGUUUCCAGGUCACAAUCAUUUCAUGUUGGUUUUUUAUUUUUCUUUGUUUUAAUAUAAAAUUGGAAGUUGUGCUACUGUAAUAUAUUCUUUCUAAAUUAUACAAAAGUUUUAAUGUAAUGCCUAUGUUUUCCAAUGCAGCUUUAAUGCACUAAAAGAUUUAUUUAAGAGGUUCGAUGUCCUUGUUAAACCACAUAAUGAGACAUUCUUACCGGAUUGAAUUCCACGUGAUAUUCAGUCAUGUGCCUGAAAGGCCUCAACCAUCACAAGCCAAAGAGUCCAACAAUCACCUGUUGUCAUUCCACAUCUCUAAAGUGUGAAAAAUAUGUUGCUCUAAGCACCUACAUUAUGAGUCUAUUUUACCUACCUUGUUCUUGGAAUGACUGAAAUCAGAGACAAUAAUUGGGCACGUUUGAAAGGAGAUCGCCCGUGAUUAUUUGAAUAACAAAACCAUGCACAAGCUCCUACAAGGAGGGUAAAGUGGCCAUGACACACACACACAUACACACACACACACACACAUACAUCCACGUAACAGGUGUAAGUGAAUAUUUCAGAGCAUAACCCAGAGGUUUUUCCCAUGCUCACACCUGCUGCCAUCACCUGAGGGCCAUGAGCCCCAAAAGAGCAAAGGAAACAAGUAGAAAGAUGGAUGAAGAGAGACGUAUCUCCUUUCGCAAUCACUGGUCAUCCUUCAGGCCUUGUUAUCCAAGCAGAAGUGCCCGUGUUCAGCUUGAUUCACGGCCGCUUUGAUGCCUUUAUGUGGGCGAUUAUUUUCCUUCCCAUUGUGCCUCUGCUUGAUUAUAGCCCCAAGCUGCAGGCUACAGGAAAGAUGGAUUCAAAAUGUGAGCUGGUCUAGUUACAUGCGGGAGUCGAUUCUCUCCUGCAAGGACUUCUGGGUAAUAGAAACCCUGGGUAAACUAGUUGCUUCUGUGUCGUAUGAUUCUCUCUCAGUGCCUCGGUCUGAAUCUAUUAAUGUGUGUGGAUAUCAAAUCCUGUCAGUGUAACAGCUGUAUUUUCUCCAAAGAGUUUGAGAUGGAUCAAGCUAAAUUAAGAUUUGCUGACCCCAAAUCAUACCUAUUUAUUUCCACUGUAUCAAUACUGUUUGUGUGCUUCUGCACUGAACAAUCUACAGACAUGAAGGUUCUGUUCCAAAACCUAACUUUUGAAAAUAAAGGUUAUUUACAGGCAUUGAAGGUUCCAUGAAGAAUCUUUCAAAUCCAUGGAAACAUUCCGAAGAGGAAAGCAUUCUUUAGAUUUUUAAAAAUGUUAAAAAGGCAGGAAAAUAAAUGGUUCUGUUCACUUAAGGGAACCAAAACAUUUUUUUUCUAUGCAUUGCUAGGAAGACACCCUUGUAGAACCUUUAUUUUUAAGAGUGUAGUGAGCUCCCUAUGUAUGCAACACACAAUCUGUUCCAAAAAAAAGUAUGAGCGGUGCAAAUAUGCCUGUGGGUUUCUCCCUAAAUCAGUCACUUAUUUCAAGGCAUAAGUCUAUGUGGCUAGCAGUAGGUUUUGGAACACAACCCAAAUGUUGCCAGUGAAGUGAAUAUCACGAGUCGUGGCAUUUGUUAAGUGCACAGAUCCUUAUAAUGCUGAAAGAGUUAAAACACACUCCUGUUGAACAAAUUGUCUUUUUCACUCAUUGUACGUUUGUAAUUAUGGUUCCAAAAUAUGCUCUUUUGUUCCUUCAUUGUGUGCUAAUGAUGUAGUUUUUUUAUGCAUUUUAAUUAAAAAAAGAUCAGGA